UUUGCUAAAUUAUUACAAUAUAAGAACAAGAGCGGGGGGUCUUGAGUUUGAUAACAAGAGCAUGGAUGCAACCACGAAGGUUACACUGUUCUCAAUCCUCAUGCUCUUUUGGAGCCAUGCAGAAUGCAACCAUCUUCUUCACCCACUAGACCCUCUAACCCCUUCUGAGCUCAACCUUGUUCGAACCAUUGUCCAAAACUUUUAUCCAACCUCUCAAAACCUCACCUUCCACUACGUAGGCUUGGACGAACCCAACAAGCCCGAAAUCCUCAAAUGGCUAUCCUCAAACAACUCAAAAAUCAAACCCAAACCACGACCACCUCGCCGAGCCUUUGCCGUAGUCCGGUUCCAAAAACAGUCCCACGAGAUCACAGUGGACCUGUCCACGCAUUCCAUCGUCUCAACCAAAGACUGCGAAGGAAAUGGCAACCCUAUGCUCACCUUUGGCGAACAAGCCGUGGCGUCGCAGCUACCAUUCAGCUACGAACCGUUUAAAGAGUCUUUGAAGAAAAGGGGUCUCAACACGUCACAGGUUGUUUGUGCUUGUUUCACUAUUGGUUGGUUCGGAGAAGGCAAGACCAAAAGGAACGUCAAGGUUAAGUGUUAUUACGCAAAUGACACUGCCAAUUUGUAUGCCAGGCCAUUGGAAGGUGUGGCUGCGGUGGUUGAUUUGGACGACAUGAAAAUUGUUGGCUACAAUGAUAGAUAUGUGGUUCCGGUUCCAAAGGCAGAGGGCACUGAAUACAGAGCUUCUAAGCUGAAACCACCGUUUGGUCCAAAGCAUAAGGGAAUAGCUGUCACGCAAGACGGUGGACCUGGUUUCACCAAAGACGGCCAUUCGGUAAGUUGGGCCAAUUGGAACUUUCACGUAGGAUUUGACAUUAGGGCUGGCCCAAUAAUUUCUCUUGCUUCAAUAUAUGAUCUUCAAAAGCAAAGACAUCGUCGGGUACUGUAUAAAGGAUUCAUACCAGAGCUAUUUGUACCAUACCAAGACCCAACUGAGGAAUGGUAUUACACAACAUACUUUGAUUCUGGUGAAUAUGGUUUUGGACAGUCUAUGUCUUCACUGCAGCCUCUCAACGAUUGCCCUCCCAAUGCUGCAUUCAUAGAUGCAUACUAUGCUGGAUCAGAUGGUACCCCGGUAAAAAUAGCUAAUGCCUUUUGUAUAUUUGAAAAGUAUGCUGGUGAUAUCAUGUGGCGUCACACAGAGAUUUCAAUUCCAAAUGAAGUGAUAACUGAGGCCAGAUCUGAUGUAAGCCUAGUAGUGAGAAUAGUUUCAACUGUGGGAAACUACGACUAUGUCAUAGAUUGGGAAUUUAAGCCAAAUGGCUGCAUCAAAAUCGGGGUUGGGCUUACUGGGAUAUUAGGGCUAAAGGCAGGGACAUACACCAACACAGACCAAAUAAAAGAGGAUAUUUACGGCACACUAAUAGCAGAUAAUACCAUUGGUAUAUACCAUGACCACUUCUUCACCUAUUAUCUUGACCUUGACAUUGAUGGUGAAGCCAACUCCUUUGUGAAGUCCAAUUUGGAGACAGUGAGAGUGAAAGAUGACACCACACCCAGGAAAAGUUAUUGGACGGUUGUAAGUGAAACGGCUAAAACUGAAGCUGAUGCAAAAAUCAACCUAGGGUCCAAGCCUUCAGAGCUACUAGUGGUAAAUCCUAAUAAAAAGACUAAACAAGGAAAUAAAAUUGGGUACCGUUUGCUUCCAGGUCCAGUGGCACACCCACUUUUGCUUAAUGAUGACUAUCCACAAAUCAGAGCUGCCUUCACCAAUUACAAUGUAUGGGUCACACCAUACAACAAAUCUGAGAAAUGGGUAGGAGGGUCAUACGUCGAUCGUAGCAGAGGCGAUGAUACCAUUGCUAUUUGGAGUCUCAGGGAUAGGGAAAUUGAGAACAAAGACAUAGUAUUGUGGUACACAAUGGGAUUUCAUCAUGUUCCUUCCCAAGAAGACUAUCCAAUUAUGCCAACGUUGAGUGGUGGGUUUGAGCUGAGGCCAACCAAUUUCUUCGAGAGAAACCCGGUUCUUAAAACAAAAUCACCCAAGCCUGUGCAUUUCCCUAACUGCACUUCUCAACAUUAGCUGGUGCGCAUUGGACUGAAAAAACUAAAUAAAAUUUGAUGGAUUUACAUAUCCUCAUAUAUGUAAUUUCUUAAUUUUUUAGGGUUAAUUAAAUUUUUAUUUUUGGUCCUAAACUAUUUCUUUAAGAAAAUUAAUCCUAAAUAAAUUUAUUGUUAAUAAAAAUAGUCUUUGCCAUUAA